AUGCCACUCCGCGGCAAGUCCAAGGAGAGGACGGCGACCCGGAAGGUCACGCCGCCGGAGCCUGCAUACAUGGACAGCAAACAGUUCGCUUCGUAUCUGGCCAGCCUGCGCGACAACCGCGUCAGUCGACCUGGUGGUGCUCGACCGAACCCGUCCACCGCAUCACCUCGUCCGUCCAUCGGCACGCCCUCGAUCCGGCCAGAGUCCUCCGCUUCUGGCCACGUGCGUACCCAUUCAGAUGUCCAGAAACCACACAGCAUACGGCCGAGUCUUGCCGGGAGCAUUGCUUCACGCUAUUCGACCCUCUCUGGCCGUGACUAUUACCCAGACAAGCAAAGCCCGGUGAAGGCGCUCAAGCCAGAUGAGGUCGUGGGCUCUGCCACAUACAUUGAGCGGGGGACCCGCUGGAUGGAGAAGGAAGAGGCCGUCUCGCUCCGCACAGCCAUGGAGGACAUGGACCUUAAGGACAAGCACGAGACGGGCAAGAGCACACCGAGCGACGAAGAUGACGAUUCUCGUCUGUACAAUGCCGCCCUCGACGAGGCCGCCGAGCUCGUCUGGCAGCACCAGAACGGUGUCAAACCUCCCGAGCCCGGGACGCCCUACCGCUACAAGCCGCAUAUGAGAAAGGAUAGCUACGCCCAUGCUCGCACCGCUAGCAUAGGAAGAUACGGUGGCGAUAUCAUGGCCACGGGAUUGGCGAGAGAUACUACACGCUCCGUCUCGGGCAGUUCGUCAGGGAGCGAGGGAAGACGGUCGAUGGAGAGCCCGCGCGUCAGUAUGGACGGCCAGCGACAGACUUCAACAGAUUCGACAAGAUCAAAACCCUAUGGCAGCCUGGACCAGCGGAUUUCUGGAGUGGAACGUCGCCGGAGCAGCAUGAAACGCAACAUCAGCGGCGAAGUCCAGAGACCCUUUUCCGGAGACCAGAUCUGGGAGGAGCCAGAGGGCGAAGCAUCCAAGCCGAAGCCCGUGGACGAGCCAGUUAUUGAGUUCUCGCAGCCCCUCAAGCUGAAGCUGCGCAACCCUUUGAACAAGGUUCAAUUUGCCCCUGAAGCCCUCCCAGAGGAAGACAAGCCUGCUUCAGCCCCUGCACCUGCACCUGCAACUGCAACUGCACCUGCAAAGCCCCUGCAAAGAGUUGAAAUUUACAAGAACCCGCCCUCGCAGUCCAAGAACCCCAGCUAUACUACAAACUCGUCAAAGCCUGCGGGCCCGCGAGCUGCCAACGACAGUGUUCCCAAGAAGAAUGGCAUUGAGAUCCGUGGUGACGAUAUCCGUCAGGCCACAAGCUUCAAGCUCGGGGACCGCAGCAAGAAACUACCCACGCCGUCGGCCGUCAGUGACCGCCCCGGGCGCCCAAUCGUAAGCUUCGAUAAUGACUGGAAGCCCCCGGAGGAGGCGGCUGCUGAUAAAAUACCAGAGCCCAGAAAGGAGUCCAGCCGCUUCCCUGUCGGGGUCCGACAGAGCCACCAAGACCAGGAAAGACCGGAGAGCAAGUCCCAGCCCAAGUCGGGCUCACAAGCACCAACGCUCCCGCCCAUCCCUUCUAUCUCAUUUACGCCGGAUUUUCAGACUCCGGCAGCGACCACGCCACGCCCAUCAACCUCUAGCACACCGUCCAUCCCAAGUAUUUCGGUAGAAGCACCGGGGGGCAGCACUACUAGCCCCAGCAUCCCAGCUGUGGUUUUGACUCCCGACGACAGCCCUACUCUGCCCACUGCUGUGCCCACGAUUGUAUUGCCAGGUGAUGACGAGGGCCCAAGCAUUCCGGUGAUCGUAACCCCUGACGAUGGAGGCAAGAAGGGCGCGACCAGUCAAACUCCGGCACGGCCUCUGCCAGUACCGUCGAAGGCUAGUUCGCAUGCCCGUAACAGCCGAGGUGGUUCCCGGAGCCACUGGUCUCCCGCCCCUGGCGCCAUCUCCGCUCGAGCUACCGCCGUCUGCCACGAGUGCUCUUUCCCGAUCGAGGGGCGCUUCGUCUCGCUCCGCGGAGGGCCAGAGCGCUUCCAUCCCCAGUGCUUCACAUGCUACACAUGCGGGACGUCGCUGGAGGCGCUCGAGAUCUCGCCCGAGCCCGACUCGUUCCGCAAGGAGCGCCUGAGCCGCAUCGCGCGGCGCGAGGCCGGCGAGCCGCUGCCCGAGGAGCCCGGCAAGACGAUGGCCGAGGACGGCGACGCGCGGCUGCGCUUCUACUGCCACCUGGACUGGCACGAGCUGUUCGCGCCGCGGUGCAAGACGUGCACGACGCCCAUCAUCGGCGAGCACGUGGUGGCGCUGGGCCACCACUUCCACUACGGGCACUUCUUCUGCGCCGAGUGCGGCGACCCCUUCGAGCGCGGCAUGACGCACAUCGAGAAGGACGGCUACGCCUGGUGCGUCGCCUGCCAGACCCGCCGCACCGAGCGCCGCGCCCCCAAGUGCAAGCGCUGCCGCAAGCCCGUCAUCGGCCAGUACGUCCAGGCCCUCGGCGGCGAGUGGCACGACGAGUGCUUCCGCUGCGGCGCCUGCGGCGGCGGCUUCGACGACGGCCAGAUCUUCCCCGUCGGCGACGGCAUCCGCUGCACCGCGUGCCGCAUGCGCGAGCUCAAGGCGUGA